UGGGAGCAGCCCCCCAUGGCGCCGCGUGGCGCCUGGCUCCUGCCAACACUAGUCGGUGCAUGUCUCUCGUCCUUGACGUUCCUGCGCCCGGCCGCGCCGCGCGGGGUGCGGAGACUUCGAACGGCCCGGGCAGCCGAAAAGGAUGCGGUGGACGCAGUGUUGCGGACGGUGAGCGGCAUGAACAGUGAUGACUUGGAACGAUUGGUGGAGGAGUUGAUGCCCACCCUGUACCGGAAAAAAGUGGCGCUGCGGGAUCGCUUGAGACCUCGUCGGAUCAUCCUCGUGAGACAUGGCCAGUCCGAGGGGAACAAGGAUUCACGUGCCUACGAGGAUAUCCCGGACAAUCAGAUUCAGCUGACGGACCUGGGCCUCCUGCAGGGUGAAGCCGCAGGAGCCCAGAUUCGCACACUGGUGGGCAAUGGCACGGUGCGCUUCUUCUAUUCACCUUAUAUGAGGACUAGACAAACCCUCCAAUGUGUCUUGAAAGCUUUCGAGGGACAGCAGGUGGAGAUGUGCGCAGAACCUCGCCUGCGCGAGCAAGACUUUGGCAACUUUCAGGAUGCGGAGCAAAUGGCCAAGGUCUACGAGGAGCGGCAGAAGUUCGGGCGCUUCUACUACCGUUUCCCCAAUGGCGAGGCCGGGACGGACGUCUUCGACCGCGUCAGCGAUUUCUGGUCCACCCUGCUCCGGUCCAUGGACACGUCGCCUGUGGAGAACCUGGUGUUAGUGACUCACGGUUUGUUGAUGCGCAUCUUCUGUAUGGUCUAUUUCCACUGGACGGUGGGGGAGUGCGAGGAAGUUUGGAAUCCCUCCAACUGCGAGGUGUGGGCUUUAGAGAAGGCCAUGGCCCAAGGCGGCUACCGUGGCUAUCGCCUGGCCGGUCGCUGGCGGCCCUCGCCGCUGGGGGGGCGCUUCAAAGAGAUCCGCUUCGGCGACAAGAAGAACACGCCGUUGUGGAACCACAUGAAAUGCCGCCGCGGCCCCCGGGUGUUGACCCCUGGGGAUCGCAGCAUUCUGGACGAUCCUAUGUUUACCCACCUGCAGCCGCCGGACCAACCAGUGGCACCCGUGGAGAAGCAGCGCCGGAGACACCACCUGGAGACCGGCGGCUUGUGA